UAGGACGAGGAGAACUCGGGACUUGGAUGACAUUGCGGACGGCUCUCUGUCCGAGAGUUUGACAGUGUUCAUUAAUCAUUGGCGGACCUGACGCGAGGGGCGCUACUCGGGUCCGGCGCUAUCAGGCCCUCGACAGUGGUGUUUACGUACCUCGCCUAGCCCAUUCAGUCCUCCGCAUCCCGCAGGUCUGGACAGCUGGUCAUAAAGCGACUGUGAACCCAUAAGCACUCACCCGCGCUUCCCAGCUCCCUUAGCUUCACCGUCUCAUUCAACCCCAUGGACCGACUUCCUCUGCUCCCUCUACGCCUCUACGUCUCUCUGGAUCCCAUCCCCGGAAGCCCCUACUUCCCUCUAAAGGAGCUUGAUGUGCACCGAGGUGUCAUCUCUCCCACCGCUCUCGGAAGAGACGGCCGCGGCACCGCUUACAGCGAACCGUCAACCCAACAGAACGGGUACUUUCCCUAUGUAGCGAGCGGCGGGGAGGAUUUCGGAGAUCUCGAUAAUCUGCAUGCCCUCAUGAGCGUUGAGGAGGUUGUCGAUCAGAACGGCGACGCCGUACGGCUGAAGGUUCUAGUUGAGAACGCGGCCGAGACUGGGAGCGUCCUCAUCAUGAGAGGUGUUUCCAUCAACGAUGAAGAAACAUUCAUCAAAGAAGGAUACACAUCAGACGAUGGAGAGCCCAUCAUCAUCCCUCUACGUGGGGGGAGGGAUACUGAACUACUUCCCGGGGACAUACUGCAUUUUGGCAGCAAGGAUGGCCAGUCGUCAGGGAUGAGCGCGAGGGUUCAGAUCAAGGACCACAGCUGCCUGAAGCGAUGGCAGGUCUCAUCGUAUCGUAAAAUCAAGCGCCGCUUGCCCGACGCACCAUGGGAAGAUCUACUCCAGAUGGCUCGCGAUAUAUUCUGAUCUUCCCUGAUCUUUUCCCAUUCGUCCCGUUAUAUCCUCGAUACCCAGCUUACUUCAGUAUCCCAUCGUCGUUCUUUUGGUUCCUUUCUCUCUUUU